CGGCUCUGUUACUAACCAGGGAAAGAGCGAAUGCAGCACAGCCAGCUUUGCUUCGCUUACGGACGGACGGAAGGAAAAGAUGUUCUAGAGAAAACAAAGUGAACCAUUCGCGUGUCCAAUUGCUACCUUCCGGAGUGUAGGUCCCGUUGGCCGUCUCCGAUUCGUGGCGUGGUUGUGCUACCAAUCUAUGGCAAGACAGAGUUUCGUCCGUCUGGUCUGCGAACGUGUGCACAGAUGAUCGUCAUGAUCGGGCAUUUGGUGCAAAGGCUGUAGACAGCGGCGGGGGACUUGUUUUUGUUGCUCGUUUUGCAAUGUGCCACAAGGCAGCAUAAUAACGAUUUUCCACCGUCGUCGGGACUGCGUUGGACUGCAGAAACUAACGCACAGGUGGUGGUGGCGGUGGUGGUUCGAAGCGUAGUGCAGUGGGUGCAGAGUGGCGUGCUAGCAUCUUCCAAUGUGGCCAGCGAACGAACGAGACACGGUGGGUAAAUCGUCGAACAAACGUCGAAUGCACGGCCAGCAUCAUCGGAUGCAGCAGCAGCCUCUCGGUCUCAGGACCUCCGGAAGACAGCAACAUGCGAAGCAUUCUCCCGAGUGUGUACUUCUCCACGGGCUUUCUGCAUGCGUGCAGUGCCAUUCCGAUCCCGCACCGAUACUCAGGUCAACAUGAUGUAAUGAUCAUCGGGCUGCUGACCUGCCUCGGGAUCGGUUCCUUUAUGCUGGGUGUUUGUAUUUUUUGUAAAAAGAAAAGUGGCAAAUUCAAGAAAUUCAAAGAUGGGGACAUCAUACAGGAGGUGAUUUCAACUGAGUACCCCAUUCUGAAGGCGUUGAACGCGCUGGACUCAUCCGUGCCGUGUGCGGUCAUCCCUUCGAGCCCGAAUAAUCUGUCCACCGACAACCUUCUGGAUAAGAUCGAAACCUAUCAGAUCGAGGUAGAUCAUCGUCACGAUUCGUACUGUACGCGCCGCAGUGACCCACUGAGGUCCACGUACGAUGAGUUCGAUCCGAACGAUGAGCCGGACGAUGAGCGCAUGGAAGCGUCGUCCGCCGUGAUGGCCACGAUUGAACCACCGCUCGGUUGCGAGGAACCGUUGCGAUUUUCGGACGUUUUUGACGAUUCGACGGGACACGAAAAGUGUGCACUUUCGGUCGGUCCCGUUGCUCCGCUGCAGGCAUCGUCGGGCGAGGAAGACGACGAAUGUCCCGCGGCCGUCCGUUCGGAUGCGGAAGACGAAGACGAACGGCGGCCGCUCGUGAGCGAUGAGAGUAUCGAUGAGGCCGCGGCGACAACGACCGCAACGACCACGAUUACCGUUACGGCCACGACGAUGGCACAGUCGGCCGAUGCUAUCAGUAUUGAGGAAGCGCUCCGUGCCUUGGACAUAGCGAUCGAGGGCGAAGAGGACGAGGACGACGACGACGACGACGUAGAGGAGCACGAAGAAGGUCAAUCGACACCGUUGCGCGAUGUGAGCGGAGCCGAUUGUUCGUCUCCCUCGCUCUACUCUGAGCCCUCUCCGGUCGGAUCACCGGACCAUGGCGGCACACUGCACCAGGAUGUUGAGCGACGCGCCACCGAGCUAGUGGACGAUGUACUGUACCAGUGUCAGUAUCUGCUGCAGAUGAUGGACACUCACGGUAGCAACUUGUCUCCGCUGGAAGCGGACGAAUUCUCGCCCCACGGCUCGCAGGGAAACGUCUUCGAUGGUUGGGGCACGGGUCUGGAGCUGGGUGAAUGUGUCAGCUUUAGAAACGCUGACGAGGAUGGUGACGACGACGACGACGACUGGUGGAAGGAAACGAUGGAAGCGGAGGGAGAAGGUAGCUGGAAUCGUACGGGCAACGAUCCGUUCCAAAAUGACGGCACUUUCGAUCUACUCCGACAGCAGCUAACCCAACUGCUUCCCCAGGCCAAUGAUUUUUCCGGUGGCGCCAGCAAACUGAAUGCCGACGAUUUAACGACCGUUAGCCCGAAAGCGACCGACAAUGGAAGCGAGGGAUCAAAUGGAUUAUCGUCCGUUGAGGAAAACGAAAUCAUCAUCAACUACAACCGAUCGCUGUCGCCGAUUCUCGAGGAAAACGAAGACGAAUGUAGUCUGCCCGGUUCGACCAGUGUGGCGCAUUGUUCGAACUUGGUCGAAAGUACGAUCGUAAGCACCGAAGGACCGGUGGUAUGCGAAGCAACCGAGUCCGUGCCUGCCCUCGCCCGGCGCAGCUCUUUGACGGCCUCCAACGAUACGCUCUUCAACCUUGAGGACGUCCUCGAGGACCGUUGCCUGACGCCGCUCGAUGAUUCGGGCUUUCCAUCCAUCGGUACCGGAAGUCAUCACAGUCUGUCACCGCGCUCCGUCCUGCUGGAAACGGCGAGCCUGGCCAACUCCGGGCUGGACAAACUGUACACCUUCUCAUCGCGACUUUUGCCAACGGCACCCGUCACGUCGUCGGUCUCAUCGUUGCCGACAGCCAGCAGCGACGAUCAUCACCUCUUCGGGCACCUUCAUCAUCACGUGCUGCUGUCAUCGCUUUGCUUGCAAGAUCUGGACACCGGUGACAUGAUGGAGUCUCCAUCGCCACCACCACCACCGCCGCCCCUGCCGGUGUCCCUGGUCGCGGGUGGAUCCGUCGGCGGCAGCCCUAGUGGAGCGGCGGGCGGUGGGCCAGGUCUUUUGAUCGCUGAAAACAAGCAAGAAACGCUUCCCUCAUCGGCCUAAUCGGCCACAAUCGGCCUCACCGGUUAAUGGCGAUGUUCCGGGCGGUAUUAUUUUUCCCCUUUUCUCUCUCUCCCUCUCACUUUAUUUAAUUCGUUUUUUAGAUCUGAGGUUAUAUUAUGAUGCGCUGCGCUUCGGUUCCCUUCUCACACGGAACGAUCGCGGGCGAAACUCCUACGAAUCAUUUCACAACGAAAAGUGUGUGUGUGUGCAAGUUUAGCUCGUUUACCGUAGAGUACUCUGUAACAGUGUGUGUCGUUUCGUGUAGCUGAGGCUGCACUUUUCUGUAUCGGUGUGGCAACCGUUAGUGGAUGUUUAAUGAUGGUCUCCCGCUUGCGAUCGCUACUCAUCGCAUCACAAUCCCAUACACAUCACAUACAUCACACACACAACACACACACUUUCCGGAUCUCUGAUCUCCAGCGGAAAGCGGUUUCCAAUUAAUAAA